CCAGGCUGGUUUCCACGGUGACAACAUGGGUGCAGUGGUGGGCACUUUGACCAUGCAAACCAAGCAGAGGAGGAGACCAUCCAGAGAUAAAACAGAUGAUGAGCUUGAGAUGACAACGGUGUGUUACAGGCCAGAGGGUCUUGAGCAAUUGGAAGCCCAAACUAAUUUCACCAAACAGGAGCUGCAGAUCCUCUAUCGUGGUUUCAAGAAUGAAUGUCCAAGUGGUGUGGUGAAUGAGGAAACAUUUAAACACAUUUACUCACAGUUCUUCCCUCAUGGAGAUGCAAGCAUGUACGCACAUUAUCUUUUCAAUGCAUUUGACACUACAAACAACGGAUCCAUUAAGUUUAAGGACUUUGUAAUGGGUUUGUCCAUACUGCUGCGAGGAACACUCAGAGAAAAGCUGGAGUGGACGUUUCACCUCUAUGACAUUAACAGAGAUGGCUACAUAAACAGAGAGGAAAUGACUGAUAUUGUGAGGGCCAUUUAUGACAUGAUGGGCAAGUACACCUACCCGGCCCUAAAGGGAGACGUUCCCCAGCAGCAUGUGGAUGCCUUUUUUCAGAAAAUGGAUAAAAACAAAGAUGGAGUGGUGACUUUAGAGGAGUUUGUCAUAGCCUGCCAGGAGGACGAAACCAUGAUGAGAUCGAUGCAGCUGUUUGAAAACGUGAUGUAGGACAAGAGGAGAUGAUGACGACUAAGACAUGAAAAAUGAGGGGGCUUAGUGUGAGUGUGUGUGUGUGGAUGCAUAUGUGCAAUAUGUCCAGUCCCUCCUCCUCUUCCCAUCUUAUCCAGCUGUGGUCUGGAUGCAGCCAGAUUGCCCCACAAUGACUUGAAGGAAGGAAUUGGACUGGAAUUUUACCCUUCCUGCAGAGUUUUAACACACAAUACGAAGUGACUGUUGUGACAGACUUGGACGUAAGACAUUGCUCUCAAUUCAGUCUUGAAGAUAGGCCUGUUAAAAGAUAAAGAUGCUCCUACAUUAAAAUAAAAUGCUGUAAAUGUUCAACUAGUGGAACUUUAUUUUAUUUUUAUUUACCAAAAUAAGCUCUUUUUUUGCCUAAAAUAUAAUUGCAUGCUUUUGCAAGAAGUUUUUUUCUCAAAACAUGUGUCAGAUUUGUGAUGGGAAUUUGGCCAUAAGGACUUCUGUAUUUAUCUCCUGCAUUUGAUGGUUGACAGAUAUGGCAUAUUUCAAAUGUCAUGUGUUGCUUUCACUGUUGCAGUGACCCCUCUACCUUUUUGAUGAUCUACCUGGCUGUCGCUUGCCUACUGAGUAUGUUGCUUAUUGUUAAGAGUCUAUCUAAAGCUUACCGUAGAAAGUCAAACAAUUUGGAAACAUUUCUUGUGUGUGCCUGUCUUUGUCUAUGUUGGAACUUAGGUUUUAGUGAAAAGAAAGAAGAUAAGAUAGGUUCUUUUUCUUUUCUUUUUAUUUUCACCUGCUGCUUUGCUUCUUGUGGUCAAAUCAGUGUGUUGUCAGAAAUGUAAAAGAUAAAAACGUAUUGUGAUAAAUGUGCAUACAUUUUAUGAUGGAGUUGCCCACAAAACAAAGAUGUUGAAUAAUUCAUUGGGAAGAGGCUUGUGAUCAUCAAACCAACAUAUUUAUUUGCACAGGUGAUCAAGGUAUAACAGAGAGAGUAACACAAUGAUGACAGUAAAAUAUUUUUAUGGUAUAACCUCAAAGGUAUGUCAUUACACAAGAAAUUAUCAGAUGGUAGUCUCUGGGCUGUGUGAAUGAAGUCCUGGUAUGAGAAAGUUUCAGAUGAUCUUGCAGGGAAAUACUACUGAAUGGCAGCUUUGGAAUGUUUUGAAGAUACUGAGGACAGCUCCAUCUGUAUUAGUGAACAUUUGGCACUGUCUCCUCCAUCCAAUCUCAAUCCGUGAUGUCACACUAGCGUACAGGUACAGACCAUAGACUGUAUAUAAGAACGUACAGACGGAACAGGGUGACUAAUGCAUUUGCCUGCACAUCAUUUUUUAUGAGUUGCGGUGUGUUUGAAAGUACCACCAUAAUACAAAGCUCACAAGGAUAUAGUAGUUCAAGCACUAAAAUAUUCAUCAUUGUUCUUUUUGCUUUCAGUGGAGCAGCUCACCGCUGUAUGGUACAUCAGUGUGACAUCACAACCUCUGGUCUUUGAUAUUUGGGUUUAGAACAGAGUUGUUAAAUCUCACAAAGAUAGAAAACGAAUUCCAAGCCAUAAGAAUAAAUAUGUACAUUUUUAAA